CACCAGCUCACAGAAUCUCGUUGCUUACGACUCACAUUGCCAACAAGUCUAACCGGUACGACAAUCGACGAAAUGGAAGUUGCGUCAGCCGCAAGAAUGCCUGAAUGGGUUGCGAAAUAUGAUCAAGCAUAUUCAUCACUACCGACGUGAACGACGAUCAAGAUGUCUACUGACAAGAUCACGUUCCUCACCAACUGGCACGCUACGCCAUACCACGCCCCAUUGUAUCUCGCCCAAGCCAAGGGCUUCUUCAAGGAUGAGAAUAUUAAAGUCGCCCUCUUGGAGCCAAAUGAUCCAAGCGACGUAACCGAAAUCAUCGGCUCCCGCAAAGUCGACCUAGGCUUCAAAGCCAUGAUCCACACCCUCGCAGCCAAAGCCCGUAACUUCCCCGUCCUCUCCAUCGGCUCCCUCCUCAACGAACCCUUCACCGGCGUCGUCUACCUGAAAUCCUCCGGCAUCACUCCAGACUUCCACACCCUCAAGAACAAAAAAAUCGGCUACGUGGGAGAAUUCGGUAAAAUCCAAAUCGACGAACUCACUUCUCAUUAUGGAAUGAAACCUUCGGAUUAUACUGCCGUCCGCUGUGGCAUGAACGUCUCCAAGGCCAUCAUCAAAGGCGAGAUUGAUGCGGGUAUUGGGUUGGAAAAUGUCCAAAUGGUUGAAUUGGAAGAAUGGCUUGCUGGGCAAGGUCGUUCGAAAGAUGAAGUUCAAAUGCUGAGGAUUGAUGAACUUGCUGAAUUGGGUUGUUGUUGUUUCUGUUCGAUUCUCUACAUCGGAAACUCGGACUUCGUCGCCUCCAACCCAGAGAAGGUUCAAUCAUUCAUGCGAGCAGUCAAACGCGCUACAGAUUUUGUCUUGGAGAGUCCCGAACAAGCGUGGAAAGAAUACGUGGAUUUCAAACCUGUUAUGGGAACGGAAUUGAAUCGGAAGAUUUUUGAGAGGAGUUUUGCGUAUUUUUCGGGGGAUUUGAGGAAUGUGGAGAGGGAUUGGGAGAAGGUUACGAGGUAUGGGAAGAGGUUGGGGGUUCUUGAGGAGGGGUUUGAGAUGAAUUAUACGAAUCGGUUUGUGGAGGGGUGGGAGGCUGAGAAGGAGCAAGAGGAUCCUGUGGGGGAUCAGAAGAGGAUGGUGAUGUUGCAGGAGGUGGUGAAGGUGGAGGGAGGUUUUAAGAGGUUGGAUGUUGAGAGUGGGGUUGUGAAGGCUAUUGCUGCUGGUGCUUGAGUUGGAUAGAGACUGCGUUGUUCUUGAUGCCGGACUGUGAUGGCACGUGAAAGAGUCAUGAGUGGUCAUGCAGACGGGACUUGACUUCCUGAUAUGGCGAAGUGUUGAAGUCUGUCGCGACUUCAUGGAUCGGCUUGGGCACUUCCA